AGCGGAAUCGGAGGCUGCCGCCGGGCAGGCUGGGGGUGGCGGCGACGGUGCCAGGAGCUGGUGGGUCGCUGGAGCCCGAACAUGGGACGGAGGCGCUAAAUUGCCGCUGCAGAAACAGUCGCGCCGGGAGGAACAGAAAGCGCCGGGGCUUGUAACGCCCAUUCUCCCGGGGCUGCUUGCUAAGGCUGGAAGCAAAACGCGUUUCCUCCUCCUCGUCCACUAUUAAACGGCGCCAAGGGACUCUGUCAGCCCCCAUCUCCCUCCAAAUAAGAGAACAGGACAGCUCAGCAUUCAUAGAAUUGUUCUUUGAGGUUCCAUCAACAUUUUAUUUUGAAAAAUCAUCUGGCUACCCUUUUGGUUUUUUGUUGUGACCCAUAUCUGGAAGACUGUGUGCUGCCUGUGAGUAUGGCUUUGGGAAAAUCUAGUGCCCUAUAAGCACAACCACAAUCUCAAAAGAAAUUGGUUGGGUACAGCAGCCACUAUGUAUGUUGGUUUAACAUUUCAAAAAUAAACAUGUUGAAGACAGAGUGUUCAGGGGAAAGAUCAACCCUUCGAAGUGCCUCUCCUCACAGGAAUGCUUAUAGGACUGAGUUCCAAGCAUUGAAAAGUACCUUUGACAAACCUAAGUCAGAUGGAGAACAGAAGACAAAAGAAGAAGGAGAAGCUUCUCAGCAAAACAGGGGGAGGAAAUAUGGAUCUAAUGUCAACAGGAUUAAAAAUUUAUUCAUGCAAAUGGGCAUGGAGCCCAAUGAGAGUGCUGGUGGCAUGGCAAAGACAAGAAGUAAAAGCGGUCCAGUGUCUCCUCAAAGAAGAAUUAGACCUAAAGAAUUUGUAGAGAAGGGAGAUGGAUCAGUUGUGAAGUUAGAAUCAUCAGUUUCAGAAAGGAUUAGUCGGUUUGAUGCUAUGCAUGAUGGUCCUUCAUAUUCCAAGUUUACCGAGACAAGGAAGUUAUUUGAAAGAAAUAUUCAUGAAGCUGGGCUUUCCAAUCGCUACUCCCCAAAGAAAGAGAAAUCACUUUCUAAUAAUGAACUUCAAGAUGAAUGGUGCAGCUCUAAGUCUAACAGAGGAAGUACAGAUUCAUUGGACAGUCUUAGUUCAAGGACAGAGGCAGUUUCUCCAACAGUGAGUCAACUUAGUGCAGUAUUUGAAAAUACUGACUCAAAGCAAAGUGUCAUUUUAGAAAAGGCAGAAAACCAUGAAGAGUACUCUGUAACUGGUCAUUAUCCACUAAACCUGUCUUCAGUGGAAACAAAUCUGUCUUCCACUGUUGCAAAACUUGAUGAUUUUAGUCCUAUAAAAGAUGGAAGUGCUUGGCCUGCAGUACCCAAGCAAAAUACCACUACAGUAUCUGUUGAGAACUCACAGGAAACCAGUAACAGAUCUCCAUCAGUUAAUGAAACCUCCAAAAGCACUUUGCCUCUUUCAAAAACAAGUGGAAUACAAAACAAGCGUGUCUGUCAUAAUUCUGUUGAAUCAAGCGAAGCAGCCAAACAAGAGUCAACAGAUGGACUUGAUAGACAGAAUUUUGGUGAGACUGGUGCCAGGAGUAAGGCUGAAACAGAGCCUAAAGUGCUACCUGCACAGCAAAAAAAGAUACUUGAUGAAGCUGAGACUGCGGAUGUAUCAGGAAACUUAAUAGCUAGUGAUGACACUGCAGUCACUGAAGCUUCACAUGUUGUUGGCUUGAAGUGUGAAGAUACAAAUGGAAAGGAAGCACAGGAAGACUUGAAUAACUUUCAGAGUUCUCAUGUGUAUAUGCACUCUGAUUACAGUGUCUACAGGGUACGAUCAAGAUAUAAUUCUGACUGGGGAGAGACAGGAACAGAACAGGAUGACCAGGAAGACAGUGAUGAGAACUACAAUUAUGAACCUGACAUGGAAUGUUCUGAAAUUACUGGAUUGCCAGAAGAAGAUGAAAUCCCAGCAAACAGAAAAAUUAAGUUUAGCAGUGCCCCAAUUAAGGUUUUUAAUACAUACUCUAAUGAAGACUAUGACAGGAGAAAUGAUGAGGUCGAUCCAGUGGCUGCAUCAGCAGAGUAUGAACUGGAAAAACGUGUAGAGAAGCUUGAGCUUUUCCCAGUAGAACUUGAAAAAGAUGAAGAUGGUCUUGGCAUCAGCAUUAUUGGAAUGGGAGUUGGAGCAGACGCAGGCCUUGAAAAACUGGGCAUAUUUGUCAAAACAGUAACAGAAGGUGGAGCAGCAGAAAGAGAUGGCAGGAUCCAAGUAAACGACCAAAUUGUAGAAGUAGAUGGGAUCAGUCUGGUCGGUGUCACACAAAAUUUUGCUGCGACUGUUCUCAGAAAUACCAAAGGAAAAGUCAGGUUUAUAAUUGGCAGAGAAAAACCAGGACAAGUAAGUGAAGUGGCUCAGUUGAUUAGCCAGACCCUAGAGCAGGAACGGCGCCAGAGAGAACUUUUGGAACAGCAUUAUGCACAGUAUGAUGCAGAUGAUGAUGAGAGUACUGAGAGAGAAUUUCAUGGAACCUCAGGCAACUUCAGUAAAAAUAACAACUGUUACCUUAAAAAGACAGGGGAAUAUGCCACAGAUGAAGAUGACGAUGACAUGGGCCCUGUCCUUCCAGGAGGUGAUAUGGCCAUUGAAGUGUUUGAGCUCCCUGAAAAUGAUGACAUGUUUUCCCCAACGGAACUGGAUACCAGCAAACUGGCUCACAAAUUCAAAGAGUUGCAAAUCAAGCAUGCAGUUACAGAAGCUGAGAUUCAGAAGCUGAAAACAAAGUUACAGACGGCUGAGAAUGAAAAAGUAAGGUGGGAGCUGGAAAAAAACCAGCUUCAGCAAAACAUUGAGGAGAACAAGGACAGGAUGAUGAAACUCGAGAGCUACUGGAUUGAGGCACAGACCCUUUGCCAUACUGUCAACGAACAUCUGAAGGAAACCCAGAGCCAGUAUCAGGCCCUGGAGAAGAAAUACAACAAAGCAAAGAAACUGAUUAAGGACUUUCAGCAAAAAGAACUUGAGUUUAUCAAGCGUCAAGAAGCUGAAAGAAAAAAAAUAGAAGAUCUGGAGAAGGCCCACUUUGUAGAAGUUCAAGGGUUACAAGCUCGUAUUAGAGAACUGGAAACUGAAGUUUUCAGACUACUAAAGCAAAAUGGGAGUCAAGUUAACAAUAACAACAACAUUUUUGAAAAGCAGACAUCCAUUGGAGAAGUCUCAAGAGCAGAUGCAAUGGAAAACCUUGAUACAAAGCAAGUGUCUUGCCUGGAUGCCUUAAGUCAAGAUUUUAAUGAAGCUGUCCCUGAAACAGAAAGGCUGGACUCUAAAGCAUUGAAGACUCGUGUACAGCUUUCAGUAAAGAACAAAAGGUCAAGACCAACUAGAACCAGACUCUAUGACAGCAUCAGCUCCACAGAUGGAGAGGACAGCCUAGAAAGAAAGAAUUUCACUUUCAACGAUGACUUCAGUCCAAGCAGCACUAGUUCAGCUGAUCUCAGUGGUUUAGGGACAGAACCAAAAACCCCAGGAUUUUCGCACUCCAUAGCACUGUCAUCUGAUGAGAGCUUGGAUAUGAUUGAUGAUGAGAUUCUUGACGAUGGACAGUCUCCCAAGCACAGCCAGUCUCCCAGCAGUGGUGUUCAGGAGUGGAGUGUGCAGCAAGUGUCAAACUGGUUAAUGAGUCUGAAUUUAGAACAGUGUGUUCCCGAAUUCAGUACCCAAAGCAUAAAUGGCGAACGUCUGCUGCAGCUGGAUGGCACUAAACUUAAAGCUCUUGGUAUGACAUCUUCCCAGGACAGAGCUAUCAUUAAAAAGAAAAUUAAAGAAAUGAAAGCAUCUAUAGAGAGAGCUCGGAAAACUCAAGAGAAGAUGGAGAAGCAAAGGGAGAAACUUAGGAAGAAAGAAAAAGAGCAGCUUCAGAGGAAGUCCAGGAAGCUGGAGAAGCGAUCCCCAGAUCCAACGGAGGGUGCUAAUGAGCAGUGAUGCAUGAGAAUUAAUUAUUCUAUCAGGAAUGUGAAGACAUCUUUCAGGGGAGAAACCCAAAGUGAUUACUGUUUCCUUCCAAUAUCUUCCUUGUCUUCAUUACACAGAGCUCUGUAUCCUUAUCCAAGGCUUUAACUAGAAUAAAUGGGAAAAUGAACACAGUGUAACUUACACUUUAACUGCAGUUAUAAACACGGUGGUACUUCUGUCCCAUUUAAUAGCCACCCCCAACCAUGACUGUAUCUUCUCAUGACUGGCCUAGCAAACCAGCUGGCCAACUGGAGGCCAGCACUGAGAGCUUUUCCCCACCCACCUCACUGUCCACCUCCACAAAUUGUCCUCAUUUGCAUUGUGCUGGCUAUUUUAGCCCUUUUCUGAAUUAAUAGGACACAGGAUUACCUAGCUUGCUAAACUCUAAAGUUAAAAUUGCCCCUGGGAAUGGGCAAUACCUAAGAAGCUUCAAUGGACUGGUGGAAGUGAGUAAACUACAUACCAGUUAUCUUUGAAUUUCAUGAGAAUAACUGCCUGCUUUGAAGUGUCAGUCUUUCCUUCUGGAAAUGGGCUUGCAUUCACAUCAGUGUUCAGAGGUGAUGCUGCACCAUUCCGGCACAGCGUGGUCUCAAGACUUGAAGUGACGCCCUGGAGAUGGAAGGCAGCAACUCAGUCCGUAUCCUUUCUGUUCAUCUAACAGAAAGACUGUUCCCCUCAGCCCUCUUUUAUCCCCUGCAAAUUUCUCAGCAGUUUUGCUCAAAGAGGAUGCAGAGACUUAACUUGCUUAGGCAGCACUAGAGAGUAACAUUUACCCUCUGGAAAGCUGUGAGAGGAGUGAGAUUUCUAAUACUAGUUGGCUUGUAUUAGAAUUUAAAGUACUGUUCUCCUGGGGGCAGGCAUUUUGUUACACUUUUCCUGUAGUAUUCUGUGAGCCUCCUUUUUUCAGCCACUAGUCAAAAGAAAACUACUUCCUUGGUUUUUUCUUUUUUGUAAGGAAUGGGCCCCACCUCUGGGUUUGUUUUGAGCACAUAGCAUUGGUGGGGCAGGGGACAGAAAUGGAAAGCAACAAGUGUGAGAGUGAGAAUCCGAUCUGCGGAAACUGACUUUUACUAUGACUUUCUAAGGAAAGGCUCUUCUGUGAACCAGAGCAUUUUUAAAAGAGGAGAAGAAGGAGAAGUCAAUUGAGACAAUGUGAAUUUUAAACUGUAAUGUCUUGUUUGGAGAACGAUGCAGGGAAAAGCUAAGUGCUCAUAAAAGUGCAAUCCAGACUUUCCUUAAGCAGAGCAACCAGGCAGCGCCUCUCCAAAAAGCUCCCUUUAAAAGAUUUGGGGGAUGCAAUACUGAUCCAUUUUGUUUUGGAGAGAUCACACUCAAACAGCGAGGCUGCAGUCUAGGCACAGUUAGAACACCACCCAGCAUGGCUGAUGCCAGCUGUCCUAAUUUGAAGGAUUCUGGAAGGUGGCAGGCUAGGAUUACCUCCUUGCUUCCCUCACCCUCCGAAGCAGGUAGAUGGUUGAUUUCAGCCAUCUGAAUGUUUUUCCGUUCCUCAGGAAGAGUUGAAGCUGAGGUAAUUGCCAGUGGAUUCUUUUGUAUGAGGGCAGUGGCUCAUUUCUCUCUGCUUCUGCAACACUCUCCCUCUCUGUGCUGGUUCUCAAGAUACUCUUCCAGCUUCAGAGCUGGGGAAGGAAAAGAAGGAAGAAUUGCGUCCAGAGUAGGAACAGUUGCGUCGGCAGCAUCCGUGCAGAUGGAUGGUGGGUGGGCUCUGUGAGGUCAGAGUGAGGACUCCUGCCCAUUCUGUAGCCCUCCAGACAAUGUUGGGAGACUGCAGGACUGUGCCCUUUAGCACUUUUAAAUUGCAUCAGUUUUACAGGGAGGAAUUUAACCACAUGGCUAACUUUUCCCUCCCUUUUUAUAAACAGGAAUUUUUAAAUGGUUAAUGUUGGAUGGAUUGUACCCUUCAGUAUUUUGCCAAAUGACAGGCAGUAGCCUCAGCGCUCUUUUCACACAUUCAGCAAACACAUGACUUUGGAGCUGGUUCCAAACAACUGUUCUAUGAUUCAUUUUUACUAGCCUUUGAUGCUGUAUUUCACACAACUACGAACAGAAGUUUCAACAGGGAAAAGGUUGGGUUCAAAUGGCAAAUGCUUUUAAAGAGAUUUGUUAUUGUAUACUUGGCAGCCACAUGUGCUAUAAAGGAUACCUGGACUUAAAACUGGAAUGCUGCAGGCGAGUUUCUUAGCUGUGGGAGGUCAGUUUUUCAUUUCAGCUGCAAGGCUUUGCUGUUUUAACAUGCAUUGCUAAUUGUGGCCCAUCGACUUAGCAAUGGCUGUGUCCUCAUCUCCACAUACGCAGGGCAGUUCCAUGUUCCUGUAGCUAGAAUUGCUGAGCUCUGCCACAGAAGCCACUGUAUUAGAUAACUGGGUCAUUCUGGUAGGUCCUAGCAUUUCCAGUUGGUGCCAGAGAGUAAAAAAGGAGAACGGCUGCAGCUAGAUAGAAAAUGUUUCUUUGCAACAGAAAAUCUAACAGAGACCAGGUUCAACUAGUGUUCUUUGGUUUAGUUUAAGAGAUUGAGAAGUAAUAUUUAGGUAAAGUAAGAUUAUCUGGGAGAAACUGGAAAUGUACUAUUUGAACUAUGAAAUUAGUAAAUGCGUUAGAUGUUCACUUUCUCUUUUAAGUUAUGUUUACAUGCUGGUCAUUUAAAGUGGAUGUAUAUACUAGUGACAUCUCUGGAGGCAUGCCUCUGCUCUGCAUUAUUUAUGUUUGUUCCUUUGUUUUUCUAAGAUCCCUGAGGGUUGUAUUGUGUUGUAUAUUGAUUUUGCAUUCCUGCUGUUUAGAACUGUGUGCAUUGGGCUUUAAUGCUGCAGAUAACUGGUUUAUGUCCUGUAAUGAUCCUCUUCUCUUUUUUAGUUUAUUACUUGGUGGUAGUUUUAAAACAGAGCACUGAAUUUCAACCUGAUGCAUUUUUGUUAAUGUAAAAGGAGUUCAAAUGUUAAAAGGAUGAUGCUGGGAGGGGAAAACCGCCAUGUCUAUUAAAGAAAUGCAUAAAAGGCAAAUUGAUGAAUGUGUAUAUGCAGAAAGAGAAUGGGCCAAGCAAGGGCACAGUUCUGCUCAUUCUUGCAAGGAAUUAGUUCUAUUUUACAUAUUGGUAUUGCUGCUACUUUUUCUUCCCCCCGUUUUUGUGAAAUUUUUAGCAUAUCAGCAGCAUAAAUAUUUCUAAGAAUGUUCCUGAUCUGUCAUUCUUAAACCUCUGUUCACAAGAAAUAGGAUAUAGGUUUCUGGUGUCAGGAAAAAUGUUCAUGAUGUGAAUGUUGCAGUGGAAUCCUGAAGAAAGCUCUGUCCAGCAACUGCUUUUUUUCCAUCCUGUAUCACCACUGAUGGAGUAUAAAGGCUUAGGAUGCAGUCCUGUACAAGUUGAGGCAGAAAAGUGGCCUACAACUCACAGCAUGCUCCAGCCUGCAUAGCUGGGAGUUGUAGUCUUUCUUCUGUCUAAACUUGCAUAAGGUUACAUCUUUAUUGACCUUGCACUUGCCACACAGCCAUUGAUGCACAGGCAGCCAAGAAGGGUUAGGCACUGACAAAUUUAGAGUGAACAGAUGUUUGGCCUUCCAAAAUUCUCCCAUUCCUCUUGGGGCAGAAUAUACACAAAUACAACUGUAAGCCACCUUUUCCUUUGUUAAAUGACAACCAGAAUAAGUCCAUACAUUAAACUGGAAGUACAGACUGAAGCGUUUCUUCUUCCUUCUCCUAUAUCACCAAUCCUGAAACAUCCCAGAGUAGAUGAAGACAUUGUAGGAAGUGUAUGUAGUAUGCAGGGCUGAAGCUUUUCUCUUUUGCUAGCUGGGCCAUUCUCUGUUCCUUCUCUUGCACGAGCUCUUGCACAGCUUCUCACCUGUGUUAUAACCCCUGAAGGAAUGUUCUGCAUUUUGGUUGCAAGCCAGACCUUCACAAAGCACCAGUUUGCACGUGCGGAACAUGGUGCGGUCAUGGCUGGUACUAGUGGCUGGCAAAGCUGGGCAUUUAGCAAAGUCAGGACAAGCCGACUUUCCAACACAAGCUCUACCAUUUGGGCAGGGCAGUCCAGAGCUGGGCUAUAUGGGUAGAGGAGAAGCUAAGCACACUGAUUUCCAAGCAGGUCAGAGGUAGCGCCUACGGCUUCUGAUGCGGUGGGCUCAGAUCAAGGGGAGCGCGCACCAUAGAGUCCUGACCACCACCUGGCCCAUCCUGUUCAUAUCAUCCACUGGUGAGGAAGGUAGCGAAAGAGUUAUCCCAAACACACCCUGCAGAGAGAUCAGAGAAGACCAAAAAGGGCUUGUGGCCCACGAAAACGUGGAGCAAGUCCACGUGCUGUUUGGAGUAUGAAUUAGGCCUGCACACAUGUAGACACCCCCCUUUUAUGACUGAGAAACAUGAGAGCAGAAGAUAUUUCUCUGUUACUGUCAUUAUUCUUUUCAUUGCACUAUUCAAGAGUUGGUUAAACACAAUUAUGAAACUAAAAACCCAAAGAGAGAAAUGUUGGUUUGCUAUUUAACUAGGGUUUCCUUUAAAAGCAGCAUUUUUAAAGAGUUUGCACAGUUGAUUGCCCUACACUUAAAUAGAAAAAACUUUAGCAACAGGGGCCAUGCAUUUUAAACAUGGGUCUGUUGUGUAGGUACAUGGAAUAGGGUCUAAGUUGGUGAUGAAUGAUCACUUUUGUGUUAACAGAUGGAGACUGCCCAUUGCUUUUGCUCAGUGCUAAGGCUGGAUGCUUAGGAUUCCUUCCAUCACAUUGCACUCCCAAGAUCUUGGUUAACUCCUUGAAUUCUUUCCUAUGCAUAAAAAUGAUUUGUCAGGAUGCUUUAGCACAUAAAUUGACCACUGAGUCAUACAGCUGCUAGAAUGUGUUUAAUUCAGAAUUAGUUCCAUUUAUUCAGCAUUGAAGCCAAUAUGUUUUCUGAUGCAGGAAUAAAGCUUGUAUUUCUCAAUAUUUGUAACCCAGCAAACAUUACUUCACACUGUUCCUCAGGAAAAGAAAGCAUUUGUUUGUUUUGAUCUCUUUACUAAGUAUUUUAGAAAGCUCAGAAAAUUUGCGUCUUUGUCCAAAAUACUGAAGUAUUUUUUUUAAAGAGAUGUUUUCUAAAAGCUAUAUUCACUGGCAUCAUUUGGAAGUUUCUACAAAAUUAAGGAAAUGUCUAGCAAUUGAAGCAAAGCGUUGUGAAAGUAUGAGUGAUUUGAGAUUGUUUAAAUUAUUUUUUAUUGAAUCAGAAUAAUAAAAUGAUUAUUCUGGAAACUAGAAAGUUUUCAAAGGUGAGCUGUUAAAAAAAAUCAGUAGAGUUCCUGUGUGCCGAUGUGUUUUAGCAUACAAGCAUUCCAAUUUCAGAAAAGCCCAUGUAGCAUGUGCAGCUUCAGCUGUAAAUAGAUAGGCGGCCCACAAGAGGGCGCUAUUUAAGCAACUCAAGGAUUUAUCUUCCCCCACAAGUCCAGAGUGUAAUUGAUUCUGGACAUAACCUUUCAUACACAUUAACACAUGUAAUGGGACCACAAGAUUUUUUUUAAGAAGUGUUUUCUCAAAAUGUAUAUUGUUCCAGUGUUGGAUGAGUUUAUGCAUGUUUUGGAUUUUUUUGCCAGGAUCAGUUUAGUAGAAGUUUGGUAUUCAGAAGAAACCACUUUUCUUUUGGAUAUUUUGUAAACCGUAUGCUUGAAUUCUGUUGGAAAGUUUUGCUUAGCUUUUUUACUGAGCUGAACUGCGACUUCAAAAAUGACUUGGCUGAUCAGUACAUACGAUUGUAGGACAUUUGCAUACUUGGCAGUCCUUUCAGUAGAUGGUUUUUCUUGAUUUUUCUUGAUUCUUGUGACACUGGAAAGGUGUCUGUUAGGAAAACUGUGGUGCCACAGCCAUGAAAAUGGGUUGUCCAGCAUUGUCCUGGGCACAAGAAGAGAGAUGCUCAACCAAGAAAGAAAGUAGACCUUUGUAGACUUAGAUUAUAAGGUGCAUGCAUCUAAUUUAGACCUUGAAGUUUGUUUUUUGUGAUCGUGGCAACUUCUUUUGUCUGGACGUUUUUGGGAAGGGAACCCACCAAACACUAUUGUUACGAAACAUCCGUUUCUUUCCAUAUAUUUCAAGUGGCCUUCACCUUGUUAUCUUCAUAAGCCUGUGAAGGAGCCCUUAGAAGACCCGGGCUGUAUGAAAGCAGCACAGUUGCGCUGCAGCUCCUCACUGCAUGAAACUCUUCCCCAUCUAGAUACUGGAGCAAUUUGGUCAUGGAAAGAAAUCACAGUAUGUUCUCUCCAUGUGGCUCGGGCUUCCGAUGUUCCCUUAACAAUGCAACAAAGAAGCUACACUAAAAUAGCUCCCACAACACAAAGGUGAUAUGAUGAAGAGAGUCUUGCAUGGUAAAAUCAACUGAUGUAUAGCAGCACUGAUGGGGAGCUGAGCCUUUGGGCUAUCAGAUACGAGGCUUUAAGAAGGUGGGUCCAGUGUGGACCCCAUGAUCAUUACCUUUGAAUGGACAUUGCACCUUAAGCCUACUGGAGUCAGUCCUGGCUGCAAGGCCAAAGCGUAUUCUGGGUUCAGUAGGACCGCUGCUGCUGAGUAAACUAGGUACAAGCAGGAUGGCUCGGGACAAUCGAAACAGACCCAAACAAGGAAGGGGAGAAAACAAACACCAACUGUGAAAUGCCAGUAAACCAAAAUGAACACGAAAAAAUCUUUUUUAAAUGGCAAUGACACAAUGCGUAGUAAAACUGAAGUCCCUAACAGUUUCAUCACUUUAGGUCCUGCUUUUGUCAAAACUAAAUAAAUAAAAUUACAUUCAUACUGCAAUACCGAUUAGUGGUAGAUAAAAGUACAAUCCUAAGCAUAUGUGGACAGAAAAAAGCCCUAUAGCUCCCAGCAUUCCCCAGAUAACUGUGCUGACUGGGGAAUGCUGGGAAUUCUAGGGCCUUUUUCAGGUCUAAACAUGCAUAGGAUUGCAUUGUAGCUGUUACAUAUGGCUACGGCAAGAUAGAAGUGCACUGUGACCCACUGCUUGUCAAAGGGGAGGGAUGGGGGAACGGUGUCUGGGGGUUUUAAUGUACGAACUGCAUGUAAUCCUGGUAUUUUAAUUUUGUUCAUCUAGGUGUUGAAUCAUUUGCAUGGAAGAUGCCGCAAUGCCCUGUCUUGAGUUUGUAUGCGUGCGCUUUCUUUAUUUGUCCUUCUUUAAAUGAUUAACUUCCCAGGAAAAUGCUAUUUCUCUACAUUUAGUUACUUGGAAGCAUUCAAAUAAAACAACAACAACCCCAGUUGUCCUUUGUAUUCCUACAGAUUUUUUAAAAUCGUGAUUAAUUUGUUAGUGUAUAUAAAUUUAUUGCCAAUGACUAUUGUUGUUAGACAACGAAUGCAAUAAAAUAAAUCCUGAACCUUCAACAGGGGCAUAA